AUGGCUCAACCACAGUUAUAUCAUUCCGCCAAUGCAAAACGGGAUGCCAACAGGGCCAAGAGCACCUGCAGCUACCAAAGCCAUAAGUCUGAAAUUCAGGCACGCUGGCAGAAAAAAAGACAAACUCAAAAUCUCUCUAUCGAAACCCUUGCCACAGAUGCUUCGCCCUCCUCACCAUCUGGUACCACUUCCAUUCGACAGGUUCGAAUCUCUUCUGACCCAGAGUACUGGACAACUCAGGCUGAUUCGUGCCAUACAAAAUAUCGCAUGUACAUCAAGGGAUGCUGCAAAUCGUUUGUUGAGGCCGCCGCUCGGGACUACUUAAGAACUACAAAGACGAAAUUGCUUUCAAAGGAAAUCACCAUUCUCAAAGAAUUCCGGAGCCACUUCAAGUGCUAUGAGGAUGAGCUCCUCCAUCUUGAAGGAGUUAGUGAGAAUUGGCGGGAAGUCCACAAGAUGACUUUGGAGGUCAGGGAGACAAUUUGUUGGCUUGAGCAGUUGUUGUGUGAUGCAUUACUGGGGAUUUUGGUGUUCCAAGCAGCAUACUUAGCGAAUGGGUAUGCGUAUCAGAUGUCAUGA